AAUAAUAAAAAUUUAAAUGAAAAUCAUUAAAUUAAUUUAUUUAUAGUAAGCUGUAUGGAGUACUAAAUUAAUAUAUGACUUAAUAUUCAUAGUAAUUUACUGUGUUAGACAAAAUGUCCACUCUACGAGAACGGCAAUUAAAUGCUUUAAAGCAAAUGCUUAACUUGAACCAGCCGUUGACAAAAGCUGUUGCGACAGAACCUACUUGGAAAGUAUUGAUUUAUGACAGGGUUGGUCAAGAUAUUAUUUCACCUUUAAUUUCCAUAAAAGAACUUAGGGAAUUGGGAGUAACACUGCAUGUUCAACUACAUUCAGAUAGAGACCCCAUACCAGAAGUACCAGCUGUUUACUUCUGUUCACCAUCAGAAGAAAAUCUCGGUAGAAUUUGCCAAGAUCUUGAUAAUGGAAUCUAUGAUCAGUAUCAUCUGAACUUCAUAUCACCAAUAACAAGGCAAAAACUAGAAGAUCUUGCUGCUUCAGCCAUACAAUCUAAUGCAGCACUGAGCAUUCAUAAAGUUUAUGACCAAUAUCUCAAUUAUAUAUGCUUAGAAGAUGAUUUAUUUAUUAUGAAACACCAACAAUCUGAUCCUUUAUCUUAUUAUGCAAUUAACAAAGGAGAUACAAAAGAUUCAGAAAUGGAGGCAAUUAUGGAUGAUAUUGUAGAAAGUCUUUUUUCAGUAUUUGUCACUUUGGGUAAUGUCCCCAUCAUAAGAUGCAGUAAAGCAAAUGCGGCUGAAAUGGUAGCAAAGAAAUUAGACAAGAAGCUGAGAGAGAAUCUAUGGGAUGCCAGAAAUAACCUUUUUCAUGGCAACACUGGCCAGACUGGUUCAUUCAGCUUUACACGGCCAAUGCUCAUUUUAUUGGACAGAAAUCUAGAUAUGGCGACACCAUUGCAUCACACUUGGACGUACCAAGCUCUAGCUCAUGAUGUGUUGGAUUUAUCAUUAAACAGGGCAGUGGUACCAGAAAGUUCUGGAAGUGCAAUACCAGGUCAAAUGUCUAAGACUCGGAUAUGUGACCUUGAUUCCAAAGAUCCGUUAUGGUCUGAACACAAAGGCAGCCCCUUUCCGACUGUAGCUGAGGCUAUACAAGAAGAUUUAGAUAAAUACAGGAGUUCAGAGGCUGAAGUGAAGAAAUUAAAGAGUUCAAUGGGUUUAGACGCUGAGAGUGACUUGGCGCUCAGUCUGGUCAGUGAUAACACACAGCGGCUAACCAGUGCAGUCAACUCUCUGCCGCAGCUCAUGGAGAAGAAACGGCUUAUUGAUAUGCAUACUACUAUUGCUACAGCAAUACUGAAUGCGAUUAAAUCCCGUCGCUUGGAUUCCUUCUUCGAAUUAGAAGAGAAGAUAAUGAGUAAGAGUAGUGGGGUGGAGAAUAAGGCGGUGAUGGACCUGAUCAGUGACGUGAGCGCUGGUACCGCGGAAGACAAGAUGAGACUCUUCAUCAUAUACUACCUGUGUUCACCACAGAUCACUGAUGAUGAGUACAAGAAGUUUGAAGCGGCUUUACUAGCGGCCAAUUGCGAUAUACAGCCAAUGUCUUAUAUGAAGAGAUGGAAAGGUUUUACAAAGAUGUCUAGUCAGUAUGAGGGCGGCGGUACGAAGACGGUCUCCAUGUUCUCCAAGCUGGUGUCGCAGGGAUCCUCCUUCGUCAUGGAAGGUGUUAAAAAUCUGGUCGUCAAGAAACACAAAUUGCCAGUGAGUCGCACUGUGGAGGCGGCGCUGUGCGGUGAGGGCUCGGAGUUGGCGUGGAUGGAUCCGCGGGCCGCGCGCACUGAUGCCGCGGCGCGUGCAAGGGCCGCCAAACAUCCGCCGCCCACAGACGCCGUCGUCUUCCUCGUCGGUGGAGGCAACUACAUCGAGUACCACAAUCUCCUCGACUUUGCUAAACAACAAGCGAGUAGCGGCACACCUAGAAAGUUAAUAUACGGAGCGACGACUUUACCGAACGCAUCUCAAUUCCUGAAGCAACUGUCUCUCUUGGGCGAGGAGAUACAGACAUAAACAUUCCUGGUGUAUUGGUUAUUUAAUUGUAAUAUAAUUUAAUAUAUUAUAUGUAUAAUCUCAA